AUGGCAGCAACUUCCAGCAUGCGGGUGAUGCGGGCGGUGCUCAUGGCAUGCAUUAUCUUCCUACUUGCUCAUCAAUGCUCUGUACGCUUGACGUCCACGUUUCUGGGACCGCAGCGUGACCAAGGAAAACGAAGCAAGCCGGCUGCGGGAGCAUUGCCCACCAGCCCCGAGAAGCGCCCAACUGAAGUUAUGGAUGAGCAAAAUCAAUCUUGGAAGGCAGUGGAGAAUGCUGUGUGGAACGUGAUCUCCCUAGCUUUCUGGGUCGUGUUCUUCCGAGCUAUUGUGGUGGAGGACGUGGAUUCCCGUGUCACCCGCUUUCGAUGGACGGCUUUGGGUCUUCCCAGCUUGUGCAGGGUGUCACUGGAGCGGAUCACUUGCCUGCCGUGGGGCUUGCAGCUGGUGAGGCGACUUCGCCGCCCCUUUCCAUCCCAACGAAGCCGCCCGCUGAUGGCAUGGGCGCUGCUGCUGGCGCUGCCCCAUGCCAGUGGCCUGCUGCGAGGCAACCCGGUUCUGCCCAUCGAGCCGUUUGGCCAUGAGGUGACGCCCGCUGGGCCGCUCUUCCAAGUGCUGGAGCUCAAGAAGAUGACGCUUUCUCAAGGUGACUGCCUUUGCCAACAAGGCGAGUUCUGGCACCGCGGAAGGAAGGCCUGUGUUCGUCAAUUCGGCGUCGGGAACGACUGCACCGACGUUGCGGAGUAUGCCAUGGUUUGCAAGGACGGCUUAGUUUGCAAGUCGCGAGUCGGCAGCAAUCCCUCGUGCCUGGAGUGUGAAGGUGCAGAAUGCGCCACGGGGGCUCCGUGCCUCAAGGAGUUUAAGCUGGAAGGGGAGGCGUGCGCUACCAUCCAGGCAGACACGCCUGCCACUGUUGCGCAAGCAACAGCCACAAAGAAUUGGACAGAGCAUGUGACUGUCAAAAAGCCUGUCAAUGCGACUGCCACUGCAAAGGCGACUGAAGUCGCGAUCGUGACCAAAAAUGCAAGCGCCGAGAGGACGUUUCAAGCUGCUGCCUCAUCGUACAUGCGGCAGAAGGGCACUGCCUCCGCCACCGUCUCGAGCACAGCGUCUGCCAAGUCCACGAGGGCCGAGGACGGCACGGUGCGCGCGGAGUCGCGCGCCACGGCGGAAGCGACGGAGGAGGCGCUGGGAGUGCAGGCCACGGUGCAGAAGACCUCGGCGGGCCACGCCUCGAAGACGGGGCACGCUGUGGCGCGCGCCAAGGCCGAGGCGCAGCACGAGGCCACGGUGCGAGGUGUCAGCGUCGCUGACGCUCGUGCUUUAGCAGAUGCCGAGGCCACUUCCAGUGUGAACCGGUCGCACACCGCCAUUGAGGAUGCCACGGUGGAGCACACCGCGCGCCUGCGAUUGGAGUACGAGACCAAUUCCACUAGGACCGCGCAGGCCACACGUACUCUGGUCGGGGCUGCCCGCGGCACGUCCAAGAACCGGAUUUGCAUUUCCAGCAAAGCGCUCGGCCAGAAUGAUACAGUCUCAAAGAUGGACCUGGACGAAGCCAGCAAGGCGGCUGCCGCUGCGCUGCGCCGCGCGGUGGAGAAGGCCUCAGUGGAGGCUGUGAGCCAAGCGACGCUGCAGGGCCUCAACAGCGCACAGCAGGCAGCACUGGCUGCAGCAAGCCACGCUGCGACAGAGGCAGCAGCGGCUGAUGCGCGCCGUGCUGCACUGGGCGAAGCGCUCGCCAUACAUCGCAAGGAGGCCAAGGACUGGGCGGCAAAGAUCGCCGAGGCGGAGGCCAAGGUCCAGGCCCGAGCUUUGGCCAAGGAUGCCGCGGCGAGGCAAGCCGGCGAGGUGGCUGAGAGCGAAGCUCUGAGGAAGGCCACCAAGGCCGCCGAGGCCGCCGCGCGGCAGGAGGCCCAGAGGAUAGCACAAGCAAAGGCGGACGCGGAGGCCAGAAGAAACGCUCUGAAGGCCGCUCGAAGAGAGGCAGCGGCGUCUGCCGCUGACCAGGCGGCCCAGAAGGCGUACCACGGGGCUGCGGAAGCGGCACAGGAGAAGGCGAACCAGCUUGCCUCGCAGAAGGCAGAGGCGCGUGCCAAGUUGUCGGUUGCCCGAGCUGCUGCCGAAGAAGCAGCGCAGGAGGCCAAAGAGAAGGCAGCACAGGCCGCUAAGGAAGAGGCGCGCGAGCAGGCGGAGACCGCUGCCGAAGCGAUGUCUCGGAUGACGCAGCCUGGGGCACUCGGGGGCCAGGAGAUGGAGCCCAUCCCGAAGCCAACCCCUGCCCCGGCCUUGCGCAAGCAGUGAGAGGACUCAGCCGAAUCCUGCCGCGGAUGGAAAAGGGCGACCUUGGCUCAGUGUCCUUUGGC